AUGGAUGAUCAAAACCUGCUACCUCCUCAAGCCGCUGCGAGCUCCGUUGGAGAGUCAGCGCCGACGACGACGCCGCAGCCCAACGGUGCAGAGGUUCCUACAGCCUCUGCCCACCGCAGCGUCGUGGGCACCCAGCCGCCGUCACUGUCGGGAUCGGACACAGGGAUUCCUGGUGACCGAGACCGUGUCGAGCCCCGCCCUCCAGUGGAUGUCGAAUCUCGGACCCGUAAGCAAAAAUCACCCAAGCGGCACAAGAAGAGGCGAUUGCCAGUUGUAGAACGGGACAGGGAUGUGACACCGGCGGAAAGCAUCGACUUCGUUGACUCGUCUACAGUUGCAACGGCCUCCAGUGGCAUCAUUCACCAGAAGGCGCCUGAAGAUAAGGAACACUCUCCUACAUCUGAUGGCCCUGAAAACGAGGCGCACUGCGUCGAUUCCCAAAAUGUGGGCUCCUGUGAAAGCGACCAGCCAUCACUGACAUCACAAUCCUCUCCUGGUGAUUGGGCAGACGAUAUGAAGGUCGAUGAUGCACAGCAAACAUCGAUACCUCCACCAGAGUCCAUGACUGACAUUGAGCCCGUUUUCGCGGUGCAGCACGUGGACGUGUGCAUGUUCACGAACGGCAAGUUCAAGAACGUGGUGGCGAUGCAGAACAGCGGCACCGAGUGCCCGCUGGCUCCGGGCGGCAAGCUGCUGCGCACGUACGCGCUGCGCCCCGCCAAGAGCGCCACCAAGAACUGGAUCGCACUCGAGGACUCGUUCAACCGGCCGGGCGCCUCGCUCGCUUCCACCGUCGUCGCCGCCCCCUCCGUGCCCGACGACCGCAACGUCUUCGCCAUCUACGUCUCGUACUACGUCAAGGUGAAACUUCUGCUGGGUGCCAUGGGCGGAGAGCUGGCGCUGAAGCUGCCGUUUAUGCUGGUGCACCCGUCGAGCGAGUCGCGGGCCGCAGCCGCAGCCGCGGCAGCUGACUCCAGCGGGGAGGUGGAGGUGGAGCAGCCGGCGGGGGCGGAGGGGGGCGCGAGCAGCAGCAAGCGCGAGGAGGACCUGAUCGAGCACUGCGGCGCCGACCCGUCCUGA